CCACCACGAUCUGAAUACCACAGUCCAAAGCACCAGCAUUACCACAGCUUCAAGAAAUAACCAUGUUUUUCAACUCCCUUGUCCUACUUGCUUCCGUGGCGCAAGCCGCGAUCCUAUCGCCAAACGACAACACUCGCCUCGUCACCUCAGACCGACGCCUCGCAGCUUUUGCAGACCCUAUCAGGGUGGUAAACGGCACCAUUACCUCCUUCACCGUCACCGAAGGAACGGGAUGCACAGCCGGAACCUACCACACGCAGCCCUACGAGCCGGGAAAAUCCGCAAACACAUACGUAGAUAUUGACAACUUUGUCUACAACAGCACCACGUCUUCGGAGCCCGCGACGUGCGGGUUCGAAGUCGGCGUCGAAUUCGUCGUGCCAGACGAGCUGGAGGAAGGCGGAGAGCUCGAAGUCAUCCUCACCUCCGCCGCCACCACUCUCAACGAGUACGAGGCCGGCGACGAGACCAGGGAGACGAAUUUCAAUUACCUAUACAGCAUUUAUGGGCAGUUGGGAUCGGAGAUUCUUGAUACGGGGAUUCUGUAUACCAGAGUUGCCGAUGGCCCUGAUGAGCCGAAAAUCGCGGCGGGUUUGUACACCACCGGUGUACCUGGGGAGACCGUCUCGGGAACCUUCAGGAUCGACCUCGAGGUUUCCACUGCUUUCGGAGAGGGAGAGCAGCGCGUGUCCCGUUUUGCCAUGGGGUGGGCGCUGUACCCUAUUACGUCAUAA